AUGAAUCGUCAAAUUAAUCUCCAAGAUGUAAUUCUGAAGGCUCAAUCUGCUGAUAAGUUUGUUCGUGAAAAUGCUGAGUCUUUUCUAUUGGAUAGUUGUGCUAAGGAUCCAGGUUCCGUGUUACUUUCAUUAAUGGACAUUGCAAAUAAUAGUGCUGCAGAUUUGGCGUCCAGACAAUUUUGCUUAGUGUCUAUUCGUAAGCUCAUUACGAUGUAUUGGAGUGCUGGGUUUGAGUCUUACUGCGGGCCGCCUGGUGUUAAUGAAGCAGCGAAAGAAAUAAUUAGGAAAUUACUUUUGGAUUUGGUACUUGGAGAUGGACAGGAUUCAAAGAUUGUAAAUAGUAGCUCAUAUUGCAUUGUGCAGAUUGCAGCGGUUGACUUCCCUGAUGAAUGGCCAAGUUUGUUGGUAAGAUUGUAUGAAUCGAUAGCUAACUAUCGCACAGUUAAUGCCCUUACGCUUCUGCAUGAGAUAUUUGAUGACGUGAUUUCAGACGAGAUGUUCUUUCAAAGCGAAGUUGGUUGGAAAACUAUUGAAUUGGUGGUCCAAAUACCGUUUGAUGACACUGCAUCGUUUGCGGCUAAGAGUGCGGCUAUGAAGUUGUACAACUCUUGCUUAAUGCAAUUGACCUCUCCAGAAGCACUUGAAGUGGAACAAAAUAGAAGAAAUAUUUCCAGGCAUAUUAAGGAGUCGGUUGGCUUUUUAGCACAGCUUUUGCAGAACAUUAUGAUGUGUGAGAAUUCAAUUGACAUACUUAUAUUUAAAACUCACAUUUACGAAAACUUAGUAUUGAUAAAGAACGACUUUCCCAAGAAAGUGUUUCCGACAAAUUUGAACCCUCAGCUUUUGUCUGUUGUUCUGAACGAUUUGCACCUUCUAGGAUCAUUCUACCUACAGGUGAUUAACUCUGGUAAAGAAGACGUUCUAUUUCAUGUAAAUAACUGCGCAAUAAAUAUGGUGAGUUUCUUAUCUGCGCUAGAUGAAUGUGAUCUCAACUUCGGGGACGCUAAUAUUUUGUUGGAGUCAUUAGUAAGGUUUUGCUCCUUACCGGAGGGUUUAAUGGGUGAGUGGAGUGAGAACUUCAAUACAUUUAUCUCCAAGGAAACAGGAAUUGCUAGCUCUUACACCAUUAGAGAUGAGAUAUGUCAGUACUUCUCUAACAUUGAUAAAAAUAACUUCCAGGUUUUCAUGAAACUUAUUAUUCAACAGUUGGACCAUUUGACUUCAAUGGACUGGGUUAGUCAAGAGGCACUAUUAUAUUUACUGCAGAGUUGUCAAUUUAGUAACGAAAAGUACGAUAUUAGUAACGAGGAGAUUAUAAACGUACUCAUCAAAUUUGACGCAGGCCUAAAUCAGUCUACUGAUAAUGUCUUCCUUUGGGCAAGAUAUUCACUUACUGUUGUAAAGUUCUUAGACAAGUUCAUGAAUGAUAUUGAAAAUAUCAAGCAGUAUGUGAAGGAGUUUAUAUUCAAAACAAUCGAUAUUGCAUAUACUACAAACAAUGAUAGUAUUAAGGCCAGUGCGCUAAUUUCGUUUUCGUACUAUUCAUCUUUUGUCGAUUUGGGUUCGGUGUUGGGCGUUGAAUCCUGCGAGAAACUGGAAAAGGCUAUUUUGAAGAUUAUCACUGAUAUGUACGAUGAUGUAGAGGAUGAUACUCCAGGCUUUAUGUUGGAAGUCCUAGCAGGUGUGAUAUCAUCUAAUCCAGAUAGUAAAGAGAAGGGCAUUAAGGCAUCUGCUUUACAGUUAGUAUUGAAGUUGGCGACUUCUGAUCCUUCUAACAUUCAGGUAAUUGUAGAAGCACAGCAAUGUGUGGAACAAUUACUGGAGGGUGUUAGUACGGAUGAUUAUAUCUACUAUGCCAGAAUGUGCUUCCCUGUACUUUUAUCCAUACUAAAAGGCGAUACUACCUACGGUUAUACAAGUACAGCACUUGUAUCGCUAGCACUAGAACUCUUGGCAGUCUUCACCAAAUUGAAACCAGUUGACGGAAACCUGCCGAAGUCAAUUGUCGACUUUAUAUUUGAACCUUUAUCAACUCUCAUCAUGAAUGUUGACGAUGAGGAAAUCUUGCAGGUCUCUACGGAAGCAUUUUCCUUUUUGAUUUCAAACUCUGAUGAACAAGAUAUCUCUGGUAACCUGCAACCUGUGAUAAAUAUUCUUGAGAGACUACUUUCAACAGAUAUCUCUUCAUCAGCUGCUUCUCAUGUAGGAUCGUUGCUUUUAGCCGUUUUUACAAAAUACGCAAACCAAAUCCAAGAAAUAAUGCCAAAAAUUUUGGAAGCAGCUGCUAGAAGGCUAAUUAGCAUGAAGAACAUAAGCUCGACAGAAAAUCUUCUGGUAGUUUUCUGUUACCUUGGGUCAAUGGAUCCGAAGCAAACUGUUGACUUCUUAGCUUCUUUGCCCUUGGAUAAUGAAGGGCACUCUGCAUUACAAUUAAUAAUGCCUAAAUGGCUCGAGUCUUUUGAAUUUAUCAGGGGUGAGAAAAAGAUAAAGGAAAAUAUUGUUGCCCUAUCCAAAAUAUUCUUUCUAGAUGACCCCCGCGUUGCAAGCAUCAUUGUUAAUGGAGAUCUAUUGCCCCACGAUAAUGACUUAAUAGUUACUAGGUCAAUGGCAAAAAAGAUGACCGACAAAUAUACGCAGAUAUCAGUACAUGAAAAGAUUGUCAAGCUGUUUGUAUCGGAAUUGUCAUUCCAGAAUAAACCGAGUAAGGCUUUUGACGAUUUAGCAGACCGAGUAAAAUUAGCUCCUGGAGAACACACGAAUCAGACUCCAAAGAACGAUGAAGAUGAUGAUGAGUGGGAGGAUAUGGACGAUAUUCUUGAUUACAACAAGCUUCAAGAGUAUAUUGGCGAUAGUGAUAUUGAUGAUGAUGAUGAUGAGCUUCCUGUAACCCAGGAAAUAAAGGAAACAGUACCAGAACUGUUAAAACAGUUCUUUAAAGACGCCAUAUCACAGAAUAUUAGUGACUUUUACAACAUUUACAAUCGCCUAAGUGAUAAAGAUAAGAAACUCUUGGCUGAAAUUGUAGUGUAA